AUGAUCCAGCACACCAAUAUUGCAUGGUCGCUGCGCAUCACCGGCACCAUCGCCUUCGUCGCUACUCUUGCUGCCAUCGCCGUCAUCCGAGAUCGAAACAACGUCAUUCGACCGCCACAGCUUGCGUUCGACAAGCAGUUGUUAAAACGACGCGAUGUGCUGCUGUUGCUGGCAUGGGCCUUCACGAGUAUGUUGGGCUACGUCGUCCUUCUCUUCAGUCUGUCAGACUUCGCGCUAUCGAUCGGCUUUUCCAGAGCGCAGGCUACGGACUUGAUCGGCUUCUUGAACUUGGGGACAGCGAUUGGACGGCCGUUUAUAGGCAUCAUCAGCGACAGAUGGAAUCGCAUUGAUAUCGCAGGUGUAUUCACACUAGCAUGCCGCCUAUCAUGCUUCCCAUUCUGGCUACCCGCAACGUCUUACGGGAUCACAGUGUUAUUUGCUAUCGUCUGCGGCGCGAGAGUUGAAGUCUUCUGGAUGACUAUUGGACCUCUCUGUGUCGAAGUAGCAGGUAUCAAAGAGCUGCAGUCUCUUAUCACUCUCGUGGGCUACCAUCAUAAUUCCGACGACAGUUUUUAG